AUGCAGCCGGCCGCGUCGUCGCCGAAGCGGAGGAGUAUGUGCAUGCGAUGGGUGCUCAUCUUCUCCCUCAUCGGCAGCUCGUUGCAGACGGCUCUGCAGAAACUUUCUCGUGACAAUGAAACGGAGCCUCCGGUCGAGACCGUGUCGCAUCCAGUAUAUCCCGGAAUAGCCGCCCAAUAUGGAAACCCCGCAAUUAUUGCUUCGGGAACAACGUCAACUACUGUACCAACUGCGGCAACUGUUGUGAAGGAAACGCUUGCUCUCCAGAUGCAACAACUCCGUGCUGCGGUGCGGGAUACUGCCAACAGGGAGAGACUUGUCAAGAUGGGCAGUGUGUUGCGCCAGUGUAAGGGUUUACAUGUUUCUUUCUCGAUCUAUGCCACUAACUGUGAAAGGGUAACUACAACCAUUACGAGCACCAUCACAUCAACUGUCAGCCAUUUCGCCACGGUGCUGGCAAGUGUUGAGGUCAAUGUCGACCAGACAUCGACGGUGGUUUCGACUGAUGUCACAACCGUGUCCAAUGUGGAUAUAGCGACCGAUGUCAUCUACACAACCACGACAGUCAACCAGAAGCGCAGCCUGCCUUCAGAAUCGGCCAGAGUUGACUCUCCCAGAAACCAACUUGACGCGGCUGGUCUUAAGGACGCCCCCGAAGAUGACGAUGACAGACCAAUCAGUCCAUUUGCUGCUAGAUUUGACCCCGUCCCUUGGGAGCAUCUUCAUGGAUUCGAGAAGAAGGCCAUUGCAGCGAGGGCAACAAGUACCCGGACGACUACUGUCACAGUAACACGCACUACGGAUGUGACUUCGACUAUAUCAAGUACGGUUACGAUUUCGGCUACGUCUCUUGUACUCGUGACCUCAGUUCAGAGCCGGACAAGUGUUCUGAACGCCAAACAGACCGUGUCAUUUACAUCUACCAUCACUGAAAUCCUGAGACCGCCAACCGUCCAGACCCGAACUUCAAUAGUGACGGUGCAGGCCUCGGAAACGUCCAGCGCCACCUCCCAGACCUCUAGCAACCUGCCUGGCCCCACGAGCUCCUCGGAUGAGCCCACCACGAGCACUUUGCCCACCUCGAAGAUCGUAGGCAUUGCCGUCGGCACGGGCGUGGGGGCGAUCCUGGUGGUCGCGGCGCUGUUCGUGAUCUGGCGGCUGCGGCGGCGGCGGCUGCGGUCGCGGGCCGAGCCCUGGUACGCCGGGGUGCCGAGCGAGGGCAUGUCGCACACGCCGCAGCUGCCGACGGACCCGUCGACGCCGGCUGUCACGCCGCCGUCGGGCAUCGGGCAGUUCACGCGCCUGCCCCGGGCGUCGUACCGGAACUCGGUCCAGAACACGGUGGCGGGGAGCCACGGGCGCAACCACAGCACGAAUAGCACGCAGAGCUAUGCCGGCAGCGCGGUGAUGCGUUAA